UGUUUUCUUUUUUGCUUCACUUCUGUUUCUUCAAUUGGCCAAAAAGGUUUCAAUUUCAAAAGCCGUGCGUUUACAUCAUACUUGCAUGUGAUCUGCAAUUUAUUUAUUAGAAUUCUGCAUUUAUUUAAAUAAGAGAAUUAAAAUGUUGUUGCUUUGCCGAAAUUUCAGAAAUAAUCGAUUUAAAGUUUUGUCCUUAUUGUCCGAGAAUAUCGUACCAUUUAGCGAAGUGCGUGCAAUAUCUAUUUUGCGGCAAACUACACAAACAAAACACGCAGAAAGUAGUACUGAUUCUAGUACGACAAAAAAUCCAUCGCCUAAUAACCUCAGUCACGCUAUGGGCGGACGGAAUCGCGGUGCUAUGAGUGGAGGUGGCAAUCCGGGUCGAUUUAUGAACAAUGACAAUUACCGUGGAAACAAUGACAACUUCCACGGCGGCGGUUUCAUUGACAAUUUUGGAAUGGGCGCCGGCAUGUCCGACUUAAUGAAUAUCGUAUCAGCCGUAGCAAACAAUUUCAAUUUGAAUCCACCACCUCCUCCGCCAAUACGUUUGGGUUGCGGAGAGUUGCGUUCACAUCAUAAUGGAAUAUUAGUUGAGUUAACCGGACGAAUGAUUAAAAAACGUGUAUCACGUUUUGCUGAAUUGCGUGAUCGUAAUGGUGGUGCUACGCAAUUGGUUAUAUUAGAUGAUAAGUAUCCGCGAUUAGCACGCCGUAUGCAAAAUAUGCCUGAAAACUCAGUAUUAACGAUAGUUGGAAUUGUACAACGCCGACCACCAAAUUCAUGGAAUCAAACAAUGCCAACAGGCGAAAUUGAAGUUGAAGUAUGUGAUAUUAUAAAUAUUGGUUUUCCUGUAGGCUUCAAACGUGCUGGUGAUAAACGUUCCUUCAGUACAAUGGCUCAAGAGAAGAGUUGUGGUAUAACAAGUACAGAAUACAAGAUUGCAAAAAAUGAGAAUAUUUUAAAAUAUUUUGAAAAUCGUGAUCUCACUUGUAAUGAUUUGCGUCGCAAUGAUAUUGGCAAAACCGUCACAUUAGUGGGCUGGAUACCCUCUACGAAAAAUAGUAAAUUUAUGCAAUUAAAGGAUGGUUAUGGCCAAACACAAAUAAUAAUUGAAGAUCAAACUCUACAAGAUACUUGUCUAACAGCACCUGAACAAACUGUCGUUCAAGUUGCUGGAAAGGUUCUUGGUAGACCGCGAGCAAAUAUCAAUAUGAAAUAUGACACUGGAGAAGUUGAGGUUUUGGUUGAAUCAAUUAAAGUACUGAAUCCUGACGAUCCAUAUGAUGGCCCAAUUAAAAACAAAGAAAAGGUACAGAAAUUGUCUAUUAAUGAUUUAGAUUUGGACAAUGACGAUUCUAGAAAGAAUGGUAGUUCACACGAAGAAGGUGACUUAAAUAACACCUCUUCAUCUGACAAAACUAAAGUUGCUGAUACCAAUAAAUUCACUGAUCGGACACACAACUGUGGUGAGCUAACAUCUAUAAAUAUUGGCGAAAAAGUUGUAGCUUCUGGUUGGCUCGAAUAUCAACGCAUGGGUAAAUUUCUUAUAUUACGUGAUGGAUAUGGACAAACCCAAGUAUUGCUUACGGAUAAAACUAAAGGCUUAGAAGAAUACACUGAAGGGUUGUCGCUGGAAUCUAUUAUUCGCGUGGAAGGAACAGUAAUACCAAGACCUGCAUCUACAGUAAAUCCUAGAAUGAAGACUGGUGAAAUUGAGAUAGAUGCUGAAAAACUUACAGUACUUAACCAUGCUAAAAAGAACUUGCCUUUUGAAGUGCGAAAAUUUAAUAGAGCCGGAGAACGUUUGCGUUUGACACAUCGUUAUAUAGAUUUAAGAUUUACUGAUAUGCAGAAUAACCUACGUUUGCGUUCUGCGACCAUAAUGAAAAUGCGUGAAUAUUUAAUCAAUUAUUUAGGUUUUGUUGAAGUUGAAACGCCAACACUGUUUCGUCGUACUCCAGGUGGUGCUCAGGAAUUUAUAGUGCCUACGCGUAAACCGAAUCAUUUUUAUUCAUUAGUACAAAGUCCACAGCAAUUCAAACAAAUGUUAAUGGCGGGUGCUGUCGAUAGAUAUUUUCAAGUUGCUCGCUGCUAUCGUGACGAAGCCACGCGUCCAGAUAGACAACCUGAAUUUACACAACUCGAUAUUGAGUUAUCAUUUACAACACGUGAAAGUGUUAUGCAACUUAUAGAAGAAGUUUUAAAAUAUUCGUGGCCCACAGAACACUCAAAAAUUCAAACACCUUUUAAACGAAUAACGUACGCUGAAAGCAUGUCCAAAUAUGGCACAGAUAAGCCGGAUAUACGUUUCGGAUUUCUGCUAAAUAAUGUUAGUGAUAUUAUCGCAAAAAAUCCAGAACUGACUGCGCAGUUUGAUGAUCCUGCUGCGUAUGCGAUAUUCGUACAAGGUUCAGAAGCUUUUUUCAAUGCAGCUGCUCGGAAGCAUUACGAGCAGCUGAGUAAAGAUUUCAAUGGCAAAUUAUUUGUACGCAAGUUUUCUCAAUUCAAAGAUGUCUCAGAGCGCCUGACGAAAGCAUUUUCAGAAGUAGUGGCAAGGGAGCUUAUAGACAAAUUUGUUAUAGAAGAAAACGAUCUCUUGUUUUUGGGCAUCGGAAACAAAAAGGAAGUUCAAUCUGUAAUGGGUCGUAUACGUGUGGAUUACCAUGACUUUCUAUUGGAAAAUGACAAAACUAAAAAAAAUUUUGAACAUAAAUUCCUUUGGGUUACUGACUUUCCGUUAUUUGAAUAUAAUGCAGAAACUCUUGCGUGGGAAAGUGUUCAUCAUCCCUUUACAGCACCUCAUCCGGAUGACAUGGAUAAAUUCAACUCGAAUACAAAUUUAGAAAAUAUACGAUCUUUGGCCUAUGACUUGGUAUUAAAUGGACAAGAAGUUGGUGGUGGCUCCAUACGUAUUCACGAUGUUGAAAUGCAACAAUUUGUUUUAGAACGUGUCCUUAAAAUCCCGCAUGAACAUCUUUCACAUUUAUUAAGCGCAUUAGAAUCUGGUUGUCCGCCACAUGGUGGAAUUGCUUUAGGAUUAGAUCGUUUGAUGGCAAUAAUAUGUCGUGCGCGUUCAAUACGUGAUGUAAUUGCAUUUCCAAAAACAUUAAACGGUCGCGAUGCGCUCUCUAAUGCACCUGUUCCCAUAUCGGAUGAAGAAAAGGCUCUGUACCAUAUCGCUGCUCUAGAGCCAUCAGAGUCAAUUAUUGCACUGGACGAAGAAGAUGAUAUAGAUCAAGUAGUAGAACCAAUUUCAGCUAAAGUACAGAACAAUUUAGAAAAUUUUAAACAAGAAGUGAAUAUGGAAGAACACAGUUCACUUAAAGUAGAGAACAAUUUAGAAAAUGUUAAACAAGAAGUAAAAAUGGACGAAGAUCAACCCGCAUUGCCAGUUACAAAAGUUAAUAUUGCCUCCAAACAAAAUUCCCAAAAUACUUCUGCCUCUAAAUCGACACCUUUAGCUACACGUCGUGGAAGUAGACUUAAGUAGAAUUAAUUUAAGUUUUAAUGUAUUUUAAGUACGCUUCAAACUGUUAGUCAUUUUAAAGUUUUCAAAUUAAAUUUUUGCAUAUUUAAAACGUUUCUUAUUAAAUAUCGUAUAAAUACAUUAAUUUAAAAUGUAGUUAUAUAAGCACUCUAGAAUCAUGUAUACUUUAUAUAAA